AUGGGAGCAGGUGGACGUGGGGAGGGAAGCCUGCAGUGGGAGAGAAUCAGUGACGUCCUGGGUGCGGAGCACAGGGCUACCGUGGAGCCCCUGGGCGUCAGCGCUUCGGGGCAGCGCCUUAGAUGUGGACCUCCGAAACACACCCCAGUGCAUCCCCUGAACCUAAAUCUCUGUGUCAGAGUCUGUUUCCUGAGGAAUCUGACUUCAGGGCCCGACGAGGGACAAGUGUUGACGUCUGCUUAUGUGGUCCUCAUCUCCUUCUCCAGUCUAAACGGGGCCCCGUGGAGAUUCCUGGAAACUGGAAGGCCCUUGAGCAUCUCGUCUGUUUGGAGAGGUCCGGGAGUGAGCGCCUUCACUGCAGAGCCCUUGACCUCAUCCCUGUCGUGGAGAAGAGCCCUCCGGAUCCCCACGGUGUCGCAGUCAACAGAUGGCACUCCGUGGCUCCUGGAGCCAGCCAAGUUCAGAUGGUCUGUCAAGUGGUGA